CAACUGUCGAUUGAGUACACACGUGAUAGUCACAUGGGAUAUGAUGUGAUAUUAACCGAUACUAACACGUGAAAAAGAUUAAAUUAGAGACGAAAUGGAAGCAUUAUUAAUUGAAUUGGCUGUAGAUUUAUACAAUGUUCAAGCCGUAAAAUUUGGAGACUUUAAGACAAAAAUCGGUUUAAGAACACCGGUAUAUUUCGAUCUACGAGUGAUAAUUUCAUACCCAAAAUUAAUGUCUAAGUUAUCAAAAGCUUUGUGGACACUUCGAGAUGAUACCACAAAGGUGUCUCAAGUUUGCGGAGUUCCAUACACAGCACUGCCAUUAGCUACCCUGAUAUCGGUAGAUAAUAAUAUACCGAUGUUAAUGAAAAGAAAGGAGGCAAAGUCAUAUGGCACAAAGAAGUUGAUUGAGGGUGUCUUUAUGCCUGGUGACAACUGUGUGAUUAUUGAGGAUGUUAUCACAAGCGGUAGCAGUAUCUUGGAAACUAUCGAUGCCUUAAAGAAGGAACAGCUAAAUGUAACAGAGGCAUAUGUGAUAAUUGAUAGAGAGCAAGGCGGCAGGCAGAAUCUUGAGAAUCACGGAUUCAAAGUUAAGAGCUUGUUUGGCACUAUGCAACUUAUGAAAUAUCUUCUUGAUGCUGGAAAAAUUACGCCUGAAGUUGUCAAAGAUGUUAACGAUUAUUUGACGGCAAAUAAAGCGCCGAACGUUUCCAUUCAAGGUGUACUAAAUGAUAGAUUAAAACUAUCAUACCGUGAACGUGUAAAAUUAACGAAAAAUCCAUUGUCUUCAAAGUUGCUAGAGUUAAUGGAAACGAAAGAAACUAAUCUCUGUCUGGCGGCUGAUCUAAGGAAAGCUGAUGUGAUUUUGGAAUUAGCUAAUAUAACUGGGCCUCAUAUCGCCGUUCUAAAAAUUCAUGUAGACAUUAUAGAAGAUUUUAACAAGAGUUUUAUUUCUGAACUUAAGAAAUUGGCAACACAACAUCAAUUUUUAUUGAUGGAGGACCGCAAGUUCGGCGAUAUCGGAAAUACUGUAUCAUUGCAAUACAAGUAUGGCUUAUACAAGAUUGCCGAAUGGGCCGAUUUGGUUACAGUGCAUCCCGUAUCCGGCGCGGCCGUCAUUGAUGCGCUGAAGAGCGAACUGAAAGACAUUACUGAGCCUCGCGGCGUUUUCUUAGUCGCCGAGAUGUCAUCCAAGAAUGCAUUGACCACUGGCGAUUAUCUAAAGAGCGCAGUAUCGAUUGCAGAAAUGGCUUCCGAUCUAGUGGUCGGUCUCGUAAGUCAAUCCGAUCUUUCGGCACAACCCGGGUUGCUUCAACUAACACCUGGCGUUAAGUUAUCCAAGAGUGACGACGGUUUAGGUCAGCAAUACAACAAUCCGCAAUCGGUUAUUAAUGCGGGUGCCGAUUUAGCUGUUGUCGGCAGAGGCGUUACAGAGGCACUGUCAGACAAUUGGCUAACAGUAACUUUAGAGUACAAGAAACAACUAUGGGAGGCAUACAAAAAGCGAAUAAACAAAAGCGGUAAAUAAUUUAUAUUCUAGCUGAUAAUGUUCAACUGAUAUCCUAAUAUAAUUAAUCUAAUUUUUAAUUUAUUUUUGUAAUUAUAUCUUUUAAUACAGCUGGUCUGCAAGAAAAGAUACAUUUUUUUUGUAACAUAGUUUUAUCAGGUAUUCUAUAAUAAUGCGACAUGUGGUAAUAGAAAAUACUGAAGCUGUUAGCAUUGUAUGUAUAUGCCAUAUAGCAUUUAUAUGUAUAUUGCAUAAGUUUCUUCCUAAUUAUGAUGCUACAGAAUAAGAAUACAUGAUCGAAAAUUAAUAUACAUAUUUGCUUUGAUAUAACAGAUAAAUAAAAAAAGAAACAAUAUAAGUUUUUUGAUACAUUUAAUGCUAUUAAAUGUGUGAAGUCUAUUAAGAGAUGUAGAACUCUACAUACUUUAUACAUAACUUAUUUUAUAAAAGUAAUAAUCAAGCGAUAUAUUUUUUAUUUUAUAUAUUUUUUAAUGAAAUAUUGUUAUGUAUCAUAAAUAUAUGAAAGAAAUAAAAAAUAUAUACACAUAGGCGCCCGCAGAAAUUUGUCUAGGUAGGGGCAAGUCUAAAAUUCUCGAGGCUAUGUUUACACGUAAUAUUCUGUUAUAAUAAAAAAAAUAGUGAGAAACCUGUGUAGCUUAAA